CGAUAAAGCUUGAUAAUGGACGACGGUUUUUUUAAAUGGUUUUUUUUUAUAUACACACUCUACAGGGUCAACAAAACAUUAAUUAUGGAAUCAAAGUCAUGUCGACAGAAAAAUGCUAUGAUUUCCUUAUCGAAACCAAAAUAUAAAACGUCUUUACCAGAAAAACAUAACACCUGGGGUAACCUAUUAAAUAAAAAAUCAGUUGGUACUAAUACAGUAAUAACUACUAAAAAUAAAGCUAAAAACCUUUCCAUUACUCCCAAGAUGAAUAUUAAAACAAUGACCAAGAGUGUACAAUGUAAUAAUUCACCUAUUGAUAGAAAAUGCAAAAAUUUUACUUCACUUUCUGUAUUCAAUCCCAUCAGAACAUUGCAAUUUUUACUAAAAGAAAUUAUGGAAUUCCCGAGUGUUCAAAAUGGAGACAUUGCAAAAAUUGUUAAUGAAAUGCAAGUGGUUGUGGGAAGAAUUGUUGAUGAAUAUGCUGAAAAUUUGCCUAAUUCUAAAUUAAACAAUAAUCCAGUUAUUAAUUAUAAUUCUAUGAUUCCGACAAGAGAUGAUGAUUAUUGUAAACAAUUAAGUUAUGUUAACAGUUCUCAAGAAAAUAAAUAUUUGUCUGCACUGCUAGGGAAAAUAUCAGAACUUGAAAAUAAUUAUAGUCUGCUAACAAAAGAUAACACUAAAUCUAAAGAAAAACUACAAUGUGUGACAUCUGAAAGAGAUAGAUUACUUGAGAAAUUUAAAGAAUCAUGCGAUUCUUUAGAAAUAUUGAAUAAUCGUGAACGGGAGUAUUUAGAUACAAUCACAGCACUUAAGUCCAAACUUAUAGCUUCAGACAAAUUAAUUAGAAAUCAAGAUAUCAUCAUUGCAGAUUUAAAUAAAAGAUUAAAUAAUUUACCAAUUCAAAAUGAAGUAAAGGAAAAUGUGAAUGGAAACAUUUCAAUUGAACAACAUAAUACUUACAAAACAGUGAGAAAAGAAAAUAAUGAAUUCAAUAAAAUCACAAAAUCAGACUUGGAUAAAUUAGCUAUUGCCAAUGCUUUUAAAAAUAAUGAAGUCUCCAAGCUCAUAUCAGAUAUAAAACAAAUGAAGCAAAUUGUAUUAACUGGAUUAGAUAAUACCAAUAUUGAAACUGUAUCAAUGACAUCUUUGAAAUCAGAAGACAAUUUAAAAAAGGAUUUUUCCAUGCACGGUGAAGAUAAUAAAAAUUAUAUCAACAAUGAUCUCGAUACACAGUAUACUGAAUAUAACAGAAAAGCAUCAGCCAUAAAAUUAGCUAAAACAGAACUUCAUCAAUUAUUUGAAACAAUUAAAACACAAGCUUAUCAUUCAAAAAAACUUUUCAGUUCCACUUUUGUAGAUAAUGAAAGAGUUUUAAGUGACAUUUCUGAUGAAGAAGAAAGCUCAAAUGUAUCAAACUUUAUGAGUGUAGUGACUCAUUCAAGUUGAUAAUUAUUUUGUACACUUUAAAAAAAUUUUUUAAAUGUAAAUAUAUAUAUAUAUAAAUGAAUA